AUGGCAGCCGUCGGUCAAGACAUUAACGAAAGGGUUUCAGCCCAAGGAAAUGUAGUUAGAACAUUGAAAAGCCAAGGAGCACCUAAAAAUGAAAUAGACACAGAGGUAGAAAAGCUUUUAGCCUUAAAGAACCUUAAGGUUGGAGAAUCUGGUUCGGGAAAAAAGAAAGAUAGUUCAUUCACUUUAAAGACGCCCAAAGGAACGAAGGACUGGUACGAUAAGGAUGUCGUUUUGCGUGAGCGUAUCUUCAAGACAGUUAUUGAUAUCUUUAAGCGUCAUGGCGGUGUAACUUUAGACACACCUGUCUUUGAAUUAAAGGAAAUUCUUGCCGGAAAGUACGGAGAAGAUAGCAAGUUGAUUUAUGAUCUUAAAGAUCAAGGUGGUGAACUUUGCUCUUUGCGCUAUGAUUUGACUGUCCCUUUUGCUCGUUGGUUGGCUAUGAAUCCAAAAGUUACCAACAUUAAGCGUUAUCACAUUGCAAAGGUUUACCGAAGAGAUCAACCAGCAAUGACCAAGGGUCGCAUGCGUGAGUUUUACCAAUGUGAUUUUGAUAUUGCUGGUUCUUUCGAUUCCAUGAUUCCCGACUCUGAGGCUCUCAAAGUCUUAGUGGAAAGUUUAGAUUCCUUGGAAGUUGGAAACUACACCAUUAAAAUCAACCAUCGCCAAAUUUUGGAUGGCAUUUUCACCGUUUGCGGUGUUCCUUCUGACAAGGUCCGUACUAUUUCUAGCGCUGUCGACAAACUUGACAAGCUUCCUUGGGAAGAAGUUAAGCGUGAAAUGGUUGUUGAAAAGGGACUUUCUGAAGAGGUAGCUGAUAAAAUCGGUAAAUAUGUUUUGCUUAAGGGCGAUCGCUCUUUGUUAGAAAAAUUGAAAGGCGAUGCUCUGUUGUCUAGCAAUCCUUCCGCAAGUGGUGCCUUUAAUGAUAUGGAGCUACUUUUUGAUUAUCUUGAAAGCUUUGGUAUUUUGAACAAGUUUUCCUUUGACAUGUCUUUGGCUCGUGGUCUUGACUACUAUACUGGCAUCAUCUACGAAGCUGUUACAGAAGCAUCAGCUCCCAAGGUAAAGAGUUCAGUUGAAAAGAAAUCUUCUGAAGACCCUGAAGCUGAUCGCUCUAACGAUGAUAGUAUCGGUGUCGGUUCUAUUGCUGCUGGUGGACGCUAUGACAAUCUUGUUGGCAUGUUUGCUGCUAAAAAAAAUAGCCAAGUACCUUGUGUCGGUAUUAGCUUGGGUCUGGAAAGGAUUUUUUCCAUCUUAAGAUCCAGAAUACCCGACGAAGAAAUUCGUGCCAACGAAGUCGAUGUUUUCGUCAUGGCCUUCGGUGGUGGUAAAGAAUGGACUGGAUUUUUGAAGGAGCGUAUGCAAAUUUGCAAUGACCUUUGGAAGAAUGGAAUUAAAGCCGAAUUUUUAUACAAAGCUAAGCCCAAGCCCAGACAGCAAUUUGAUGCAGCAGAUAAGUACGCUGUUCCUUUCUCUAUUAUCCUUGGACAAGAUGAAAUUGACCAAAACUCUGUACGUAUAAGAAAAAUGGGUUUGAAGGAAAAGAGUGAUGAGGGUCAACUGGUAUCUCGCGCUGAUAUGGUCAAGGUUCUCAAAGGCCACCUUGCCUCUUCAGAUUAA